ACGAAAUACUUUAAACUUAUUUGUUUCCUAAAGCGUGUUGUAGGAAGAAGUGCAUUGCAUAAUAAGUAUAGUUAUAUUUUUAUAUAACAUUCUAAUAUUUUUAUUUGGAAUGUUCAGAUGUAUUUAAGUUUUUUAAUCAUGCCGAAAAAUCAACAUACCCAACAAAUAUUGAAUGAUACAAGAGAUGAUUCGUCUUCAUCUCGGGUCGUCAUGCUAUUUGGAUCAGAUGAGGAAUGUGACUUGACAUCAGAUGACUUAACGUCUGGUGAUGAAGAUGCGUCGUCAGGAAAUCAAUUAACUGGAAUUCGACGGUUCCCAGUACCAGAUCCCCGAAAACCAUGUACUGUAACCAAUUCUCGGGAACGCUGGCGCCAACACAACGUUACCGGUGCCUUUGCAGAACUUCGUAAAUUGGUACCCACUCACCCACACGAUAAGAAAUUAUCGAAGAAUGAAAUUUUAAGAAUGGCUAUCAAGUACAUUCGUCUAUUAAGUGGUGUCCUUGAAUGGCAAGAGAAUCAACAAGAUUUCAGCAAUAAUAAUGAAGAUUGUAUAGACAAUAAUGUGUAUUUAUAAUCAUAGUAGGUAUUGCAAAAUAAAAUAUUAGAUUAUUAUUUACGUGACGAUAUAAUAUAAUGCCAUAACGGUAAAAACUAAAAAUAAUUUUUAGUUAAUGGUACCUACGUUUAUGAUACAUUUAUGGCUGUAGCCCAUAAGCGCAAAAUAUGACCCAAGCAACCCUGGGUUGGUUCAGUUGAUAUAUUUUUAAAUUAUAAAAAUAUUAUAUAUUUAAUUAAAAUGUAAUGGGUACAAUAUUUACUUUUGUGCUUUUAUCAUCCCACUACUAAGAUACAAAAGCGUAAAAUGAAUUUUCGUUUUUAGCCUAUCGAAAAAUAGACAAUUUGCGCUUUUGGGUUUCACCAACAUUUAUAAAUUAAAAAAUAUUUUACCUACUUAUAUUUAUAAUAACAAAUUUUAAAUAUAGGCAGGUAUCGGUAUACCGUUAGAAUAUUGAAUAAAGUAAUUACCAAUUUUUUAUUGAUAUUAAACAUGUUUAUACAA